AUGCAAACUGCGCCGAGACGCGCAUCGCUCGACACAGCAAUCAAUUGCACCGCCAUCCCCGUCAAAACCAUCAGGCUGACCGAAACUCACGAUGAGAAGCGCGCGGGACUCAUCGUCAUUGUUGCCAUCUCUGAGACCUCGUCAGAAAGGGAGAGAGAUGGAAACAGAAAACCCGACUCCUGCAUGUGGAAACAGCAGAGGCAGCGAAGGAAGGGCGCAGAAGCGGCAACGAAAUGUGCCGCACAAACACGGCGAGUAGACGUACUGUACUCUACACUUACCCUGGUGCACAUCAUACUCAUGAGGGCCGGAUCCUCCAGAACGGAGUCCCUUAAAGAUGCACUCAUUUACUUCAGCAACCCACAGGCAACCGUAGAAGGAAUAACUCUACAAAAGACUCUGACAAACACAACACACCACACGUCAAUCAGACAAGACAAUCCUCAGAGGAACCAAAGUAACCAACAGCUGUCAGGCAACACUCUCAGAGAAGUGAAGUCUUUGGAAGACUUUGCUGGGGUUUCCAUUUUCCCAGAUCCUUAUUGCAAUCACCCGGUUUGCCGCAUUGUGGUAAACCAGGUGCCAAUCCAUUUCUGGGUCCGCAGGCUGCUGCUACGGAUGGCCACCAUAAUAUCAUGGGCUGGACUGAUUGGCAUUGCCCAGGCAGCAGCAGGGAUCCGGUCCACUAUCAUAGAGCCCAGCGUCGUGAGAGCCGGACAACGAGUGAACUUCACAUGCAUCAUGGAAGACAACAUAGCCUUUGAAACGGGGGGCUGCGUGUGGUCCGGGCCCCGCCAACAGGUGGCGCCACGACUCGCGCCCUCCAGCUCGGGCAUCGUGGCCGUGGGCUCCUCGUCUGACCGCGGCACGUGCAGCUUCUACAUUGAGCAAGUGGAUGAGCGACUGCAUAAUGGCGACUGGGCCUGCAAUCCCAUAAUGGAGAAGAACGAGAACAUACCGAGUGACGAGCUGGUCUGGCUCAAUCUCACUGUGGCAGGCUCUCCGAGAGUGCGUCAGUGCAACGACACCGUCACGGAUUCCUUCUCAAUCGUCGACUCGUUCAUCUGCGAUCAACAAUCGUUCCUGUUCCACACCGGCAAAACCGCGAAGGUUUCCAUAUUGUUCUCCUCGCACCCUGAGCCAACAGAAGUGCGUUGGAUCAUCCCGCAAUUGUCGCAGCCUCUCAUAGGUGUCGCGUCCUCCAAGGGCUACUCGUCUACGUGGGGCAAAGCCGACAUUGAUGACCCGCUGGGUUACUGGGAUCGUUCUGAUCUGUACUGGGCUAACCUUAGCAUCAAGGGAUACUCAACGCGGAAAGAAGGGGAUGGGUUUGCGUUAGAGGCUAAUUUGACGAAUGAGCCUUUGCCUCUAUAA